CCCCAAACGAUCUUUCUCCGUGGUGAUACUCAUCUGUUGAUAAAUUAGUAUGAUUCUGUUGUCGUGGUGCUCGCUGUGUAAUUGUCUUUGAUUAUAAAUACUGCUCUGCUGCUAUUGUUGCUUUGGAGCUUUGGUUGAUUGGAUUGAAUCGUACGAAAAUACCAUUGUCUACGACAACGAUGACCAAGAAGCUGCUGGAAUGCUUUUAAUCGAAACGGGAAUGCUCCACCUUUGUCUAUGGCCUUAACUACGAUUACUAACGAUUACUGGUAUUUUACAGGAUCCGCGAAUGGUUCCUUGCCAAGCCUUGGGACAGCGGUUCUUGUCGAAAGGGGCGCCAUUUACUUGAUGCUACCUGUAGCCAUUUCUCAUGAUAUCUACUACUGCGCCAUUGAUAUCAUAAGCCUCUGUCUUUUCUCCUACCAAACAUAUGCUCACGCAUUAAAAUCGCAUCACCGAUAACAACUGUACCAGACACAUAUGGAUUGAAGACAUAUUGAAAGCACAUCAGGAGAUCGGAUCGGAUUGAAUGGACUGGCCCAAUUCUCUCAAAACAUGGUGUAGCUGUCAGAGCUGAUC